GCCAGAUGCCAUCAGCUACAACUCCGGGAUCAGCGCGUGCGCGAACGGCGAGCAGUGGCAGCAGGCUCUCCCACUGCUCAGCGAGAUGUGGGAGGCGAAGGUGGAGCCAAGUGUCAUCAGCUACAGUUCUGGGAUCAGCGCAUGCGCAAGAGGCGAGCAGUGGCAGCGGGUUCUCUCACUGCCCAGCGAGAUGGGGGAGGCGAAGGUGGAGCCAGAUGCCAUCAGCUAUAGCUCUGGGAUCAGCGCGUGCGCGAAAGACGAGCAGCGGCAGCGGGCUCUAUCACUGCUCAGCGGGAUGCGGAAAGUGAGAUCGGAGCCGAAUGUCAUCAGCUACAGCUCUGGGAUCAGCCGCGUGCACGAACGGCGAGCAGUGGCAGCGGGCUCUCUCGCUGCCCAGCGAGAUGAGGGAGGCGAAGGUGGCGCCAAGUGUCAUCAGCUACAAUGCUGGGAUCAGCGCGGGCGAGAAGAGGGGGCAGUGGCAACAGGCAUUCGUGCUGCUCAGCGCGAUGCUGGACGCGAAGCUGGGACCCGACGUCGUGGGUUACGGCAGGCGGGCAGGGCCGGCGGGCGCUGCGGCCGCGGGCCGCCGGGCUGGGGCAGCUCUGGCGGCCUUCGCGGGCGGCCUUGCCCGGGCACGGAGCGGAGCCGGCCGGGCCAGGGCCUCGAGCGCUCCCGCGGCUCCGAGGCCGAGGCACGCAGGGCGGCUCGGCCGGGCGGGCGGCGGGCGGCGGCGGCUGGCGGCGCGAAGACCGCGCGGUGGCUGGCGGGCCCGCCGGGCCGCCUAAGGCGACCGCGGGCGUCGGCAGCCCAGCCAGGGGGCCAGCCGGAGGGAGCCAGGUGCAGCGGCCCCUUUCGCUGCGGACUCGGCCAGGGACUGGGACUGGGACUGGGAGAGGG